UUCUUUCUUCUUUGUGGGUGUUCCCUCUCGGUAGAGUGCAUUGUGGCCCUUCUGGCCUCACUCCUUGUGAAACACAACACCACCAGGCGCAUAUUAGCAAUCGAGCACCAACCUUCAUUCUCUUCUCAUUCUUCUAUAUAAAGCUGCUGGUUUAUAGUUUCGGAGUCGGUUCACAGGACUCGGAAGUCAGCGUCACCGCGACUCACUGGUGCGCACGUGCUCUAAAGCUCGCUCACAGCUUUCGUGGAAGUGCCUCAGAUCCGUUCUUCCUCGCUGUUUGAAGAACCCUCAAUAAAGAGAGAUCUCCGAAUUAGGAAAUUGGAGGAAGGCUAGUCACAAUUGGGCAUGUGGGGACGUCAAGGUGAAGCUUCCGUGACAUACAAGCGUGUGUCAUCAAGAGAUAAUACGAAAGUUGACUUGGAGGAAAGUUCAGCUCUUUUCCAGAACGGUAUGGGGCAAGAAAUCACAAAUCCUUCAUGGAAGCUCUCACUCCCACACAUAAUUGUGGCAACCAUAUCUUCAUUCUUGUUCGGUUACCAUCUUGGGGUAGUGAAUGAACCCCUUGAAACAAUUGCUUUAGAUCUUGGUUUUAGUGGGAAUACUUUGGCAGAAGGUCUGGUGGUUAGCACGUGCCUGGGUGGUGCGUUUAUCGGUUCUCUAUGUAGUGGUUGGAUUGCAGAUGGGAUAGGGCGUCGAAGGGCUUUUCAAUUAUGUGCUCUGCCUAUGAUUAUUGGUGCUUCUGUGAGUGCAACAACCAAAAGCUUGGAAGGUAUGCUCAUAGGAAGGUUUCUAGUUGGAACUGGAAUGGGUGGGCCCCCUGUAGCUUCUCUCUAUGUGACAGAGGUUUCUCCUGCAUUUGUAAGGGGUACUUAUGGCAGCUUCAUUCAGCUUGCUACGUGCCUUGGCCUCAUGGGGGCUCUGUUUAUUGGAAUCCCUGUCAAGGCAAUUAUUGGAUGGUGGCGCAUUUGUUUUUGGAUAGCUACAGUUCCAGCUGGAAUACUUGCUUUUGCCAUGAUGUUCUGUGCAGAGAGUCCACACUGGCUAUACAAGAAAGGAAGAAUUGCUGAAGCUGAAGCUGAAUUUGAGAAGCUUUUAGGAGGAUCACAUGUCAAAUUUGCAAUGGCAGACUUGCACAAAUCUGACAGAGGAGAUGAGACAGAUGCUGUGAAGCUCUCAGAAUUGCUUUAUGGGCGUCAUUUCAGAGUUGUUUUUAUUGGAUCAACCCUAUUUGCUUUACAACAGCUAUCUGGUAUAAACGCUGUUUUUUAUUUCUCUUCCACUGUAUUUAAAAGCGCGGGAGUGCCAUCGGACCUUGCAAAUGUGUUUGUGGGAAUUGCAAAUUUGUCAGGAUCUAUUACUGCAAUGAUUUUGAUGGAUAAACUAGGGAGGAAGGCCCUCCUUGUUUGGAGCUUCUUUGGCAUGGCAGUAGCAAUGUCUGUACAAGUAGCUGGUGCGAGUUCUUUUAUAUCAGGAUCUGGAGCUGUGUUCAUAUCUGUCAGUGGCAUGCUUCUGUUUGUCUUAACAUUUGCUCUGGGGGCUGGCCCAGUUCCAGGUCUUCUCCUACCAGAAAUUUUCCCAAACCGAAUAAGGGCAAAAGCUAUGGCAGUCUGUAUGUCUGUGCAUUGGGUGAUAAAUUUCUUUGUGGGCUUGCUCUUUCUGCGUUUGCUGGAGCAACUUGGACCACAGCUCUUGUACUCUAUGUUUUGUACCUUUUGCUUGAUGGCAGUGGUUUUUGUGAAGAGAAAUGUGGUGGAAACCAAAGGGAGAUCACUCCAAGAAAUAGAGAUAGCACUUCUUCCACAAGAAUAAAGGCAUUCUUUUCCUGGGAGAGUGGAAAUUAGGGCAAGGCAAGGUAAAGACUUCAUCCAGCUUAGCAUCAGGGCCAGUGCUUUGGUAGGAAAUUGUACUAGAUGGAGGCAUAUCUUGUCAGGUUUUGACUCGUUGAGGCCUAUGUAUAUUCUCGGCGGGAAGAUUUUCCUCCUCUUCAAUCUGAGCAAGUGUUACGGAUCCAAAUAACUUUAUAGUGCAUCCAUGUUUUCCUAGCAUGUUUUUCAUGUGUAUCAUUUCAUUAUCACGUAAUGUUGACAAACAUUUCAUUAUACCUUGCUUCGUCCUUUGUAUCCAUGUGCUUGAACGGUUAAUAAAAGAUGAGCCUCCGGCUUGCCAGUUUACAAUGGCCUAUGAUUUGUGAUAACGACCGUCUGUUGUGAACUGGUCAUGGUGGAGGCUUGCUGGCUUUCUUUUAUUUA